AUGUCGGUACCGUACAAGAUCGAGGCGAUGGAGGAGAUGCUGGUCAACAGUAGCAAAGGUGCUCCAACCAAGGCCAGCGACAGGAUCCCCAUCAUUGCGAAGCCAUUCGUCAGUGAGAGGGCCAUGAAGCUGUUGGAUGUCGUCGAGAAGUUCGUCGAAGAAGAGUGCAUCCCCGCCGAUGCCGUCUUCCAACAACAAGUCGGCACUGGCACGGAAACCCGCUUCAGCGCCCACCCCCCGAUUCUUGAAGAUUUGAAGAAGCGAGCUCGUGAGCUGGGACUAUGGAACAUGUUCUUGCCCAAGAACCACUUCAAAGAGGGCGCUGGAUUCUCCAAUCUCGAGUACGGUUUGAUGGCAGAAUACCUAGGCAAGAGUGGUGUUGCGUCCGAGGCGACCAACUGCGCCGCACCAGACACUGGCAACAUGGAGGUGUUCGCCAAGUACGGCACACAGGAGCAGAAGGAUAGAUGGUUGAAGCCCCUCCUCGAAGGCCAGAUCCGAUCCGCCUUCCUGAUGACCGAGCCCGAAGUCGCCUCCUCCGACGCAACCAACAUCUCCCUCACCAUGAAGAAAGAGGGCAACGACUACAUCCUCAACGGCUCCAAAUGGUGGUCCUCGGGCGUCGGCGACCCGCGCUGCCAAGUCUACAUCGUCAUGGGCAAGACGGACCCCAGCAACGCCUCCGUCUACAAACAACAAUCCGUCAUGUUCGUCCCCUUCGACACCCCGGGCAUCACCAUCCACCGCAUGCUCUCCGUCAUGGGCUUCGACGACGCGCCGCACGGCCACGGCCACGUCACCUUCAACAACGUCCGCGUGCCGGCGGCCAACAUGUGUCUCGGCGAAGGGCGCGGCUUUGAGGUCAUCCAGGGCCGUCUCGGACCCGGACGCAUCCACCACGCCAUGCGCUCCAUUGGCGCCGCGGAGAAGGCCCUCGAGUGGUUCCUCGCCCGCAUCAACGACCCGAAGAAGAAGCCGUUCGGCAAGCAGCUCCACGAGCACGGCGUGAUGCUGGAACGUGUCGCGCACUCGCGGAUCGAGAUCGACGCCUCGCGUCUGCAGGUCCUCAACGCCGCCAUCAUGAUCGACAGCAAAGACGCCAAGUUCGCUCUCAAAGAAAUCGCCGAGGCCAAGGUGCUCGUCCCCGACAUGCUCCUGCGUGUCCUCGACCGCGCGAUCCAAGCCUACGGCGGCGCAGGCGUGAGUCAAGACACCCCGUUGGCCAACAUGUGGGCGCACGGCCGCACGAUGCGGAUUGUCGACGGACCGGACGAAGUGCACGCGCUGCAGUUGGGCAGGAACGAGAAUAAGCGUGGAGAGUUUUGCUUGAAGAAGAUUAACUGGCAGAAGAAGAGAAGUGAGGAGAUGGCGCAGAGUUAUGGGUUGCAGAAGCGAGAUCUGUUACAAUUGGAUCGCAAAUGGUCCGAGAAGAGUAAGCUGUAG